CUAGAACAAGAGUGCCCGAGGUAUUGUGUUCUGUUUUUCCACUGACUACAACAUAUAGCGGGUUGGUUGCAUUCAAUACCGAGGGGCCUGGACUCUACCGCAUGAUGGUUGGCUUAUCAGGGUGCCCCGUUGGUGCAUCCCAGCCUUACCAAACAAAGGCCAUCGCUCUGAAACACACACACCCCUCACCCAAGUACCUUUCCAGGCGAUUUUGUACCCUGAUAGAAACGCCGUCGGUAGAUAGAGUGGGUGGCGCGGUUCAGCACGGUUACCUUGCAUUCUCGCUGGUAAGCACCAUGCAUGGGUAGCGGUCGCUGUAAUCGGCCACGAUGACAUCCGAUCCAGCAAAUACAUUGAGAAUCGACUGUGCCACUCAGUGGAACAACGCUGAAUGAGAUUUGAACCGGUCAAGAGGAUAUCACAGCGGGGAAAAUGCACGUAUUUACUGAACCGGCUCUGCACUUUCCUCCCGACCUGCCGUAUGGGGACGGCGUUGGGUGGUAAUAUGCGAGUUUCACUCUUCAGAUGCUGGCUGACUCUCGGCUUCACGCGUUGGAGCGGCGCGGACCGGUAGAAUACGCCACAUAUCAUGCAUUCCAACAACCCACCUGCACAUUAAGCGCCAGUCAAUAGUUUCCAAUCAACCACAACCGCAGCUGGUUCCAAGAGGUUCUAUCGUAGGGCUUUCAGUCCGAAUCUUGGGCAAACCCCUCCCCCCUUUCUCCCCUCCCCCCCCCUUCUCCCUCCUGUUCCUCUUUCACCCUUUGUCAUCGGUUGUUUCCCGCAUCUUGCAAACAAAACGCCACAAACGCCAAAUGCGAACUAGGUUGAGAGUAGCAGCCCCGUCAUCAUGGAGAAGCAGCAUGUCAUGGUGGACCCUGAGUAUUCCGCCGAGCCACAUACCGACCCGUCACUUGGCGACAAGUCUCCAGACAUGACGACAGUUGAUGUCGCUAAUGGGACUUUGGCCAACAAUGGCUCCAAACCACCUUCUUUGGCCGACGAAAACAAUCACAACACACCAUGGGAUGAGAAAAGUCAGUAUCUAACAGGCCUCAAGCUUGUUAUGGUGGUUUCUUGUAUGUGUUUGGCGUGUUUUCUCAUGUUGAUCGAUACAAUGGUGGUUAGCACCGCUAUACCUCGCAUAACAGAUGAGUUCAACUCGCUCGCAGACAUUGGCUGGUAUGCGACGGCGUACCAGUUCGGGAGCGCAGCUCCACAGCCUCUGUCAGGCAAAGUUUUUGCACACUUCAACAACAGAUUCUCGUUUCUUGCCUUUUUUCUCAUCUUUGAGCUUGGAUCGGCCCUCUGUGGUGCAGCGGUGUCUUCGACCAUGUUGAUUGUUGGCCGCGCAAUCGCUGGUGUAGGGGCUGCGGGGAUCAUCAAUGGUGCACUGAUCAUCAUCUCUUGUUCCGUUCCCAUGGAAAAACGCCCUGGCCUCAUUGGAAUUGUCAUGGGAUUCAACCAACUUGGUCUGGUAAUCGGACCUCUCAUUGGGGGAGCGUUCACCUCUUACUCCACAUGGCGAUGGUGUUUCUACAUCAACCUACCCAUCGGCGCCCUGGUUGUUCUCGCGCUGUUCCUCUUCCCCGUUCCCGAACAGAGUGCCAAACCCCCAGCCAUGAAGGUGCUUGUCAAGCUUCACAAAUAUCUCGACCUGGUAGGCUUCUGUCUGUUUGCACCAGCAGUCCUGCAGUUGAUCUUGGCACUCAGCUUCGGCGGGGUGACAUAUCCCUGGAACUCCUCCCAAGUCAUCGGGCUCUUCUGUGGCGCGGCGGCAACGUUUCUUGUCUGGCUGUUGUGGAACCGACACAAAGGACCUGACGCGUUACUGCCCCCCGCCAUGCUGGCACGCACAGCAGUUUGGACUUCGGGUUUGUACCAGGCCUUUUUGAUGGCGGCAGUGUACGGGGCCAUAUUCUUUCUGCCCAUAUACUUUCAGGCCAUUAACAACGCCUCGCCUCUCCUGAGCGGGGUGUACCUCUUGCCGACCAUCUUGCCGCAGCUGCUCAUGGCGGCGUCUUCGGGAGCGUUGAUCAUGGCUAUCGGGUACGUGAUACCUCUGGCCACAAUGUCCACAGUCUUGCUUUCCGUAGCCAGUGGGCUGUACUCUCUUCUCAGGCCAGGCAGCCCGACAGGCUGGUGGGUCGGCUUCCAAGUGCUGGCUGGUGUUGGGUCGGGUCUGGGACUGCAGGUGGCCAUCAUCGCGAUCCAAGCCGUCGUGACCGGGGAGGAACUCUCCUCGGCGAUGGCCUUCAUCGUCUUCACCCAAUCGCUGGGCCCGGCCAUCGUGCUCACCCUCUGUCAACUGAUCUUCUACUCGAGUCUACGGGUGGAAAUCCCCAGGGAGGCGCCCAACGCCGACACGGAAGCGGUCAUUGCCGCAGGCGCCACCGGGUUCCGCGCGAUAGUACCGCCUGACGUUCUUCCGGGUGUGCUUGAGGCAUAUGCGAACAGUAUUAACAAAGUAUUCUACUUGGUUGCCGCCAUAGCAGCUUCUUGCGGCUUAGUUCUGUGGGGAAUGGGGUGGAAAGAUCUACGGAAGAAGCCGGACGGUGAUGGUGAGACUGCCGAUGAGGAAAUGGGAGCUCCUGAGAGCCAGGUUUCAGGGGGUGACAAUAAAGGUGUUGAGUAGAGAGGUAAGGUAAUUAAAGAGCCAUCAGGAUCGCGCCCAACUUCUGCUUCGCACAUUUCUUUCUCAAUUGUUUAGCACCUUGUCCAGGUAGCUAGGUGGCUAGGUAGCUAUAUCGUUUGAUCGGCCAGUAGAGAGUACCUACCUUUGAUGGUCAUGUUAAUGGGAACGUUUUACUGAGGUAGGUAUCCAUAACUCUAUGUAAUGGUAUGGUGUCCAUUGAUGGUCCGCAUAUUGCGCUGAACAGCAUCACAAGGGUGGGAUAU